AUGGAGUUUUCACUAGCAGUGUUGGACGACAAUCUCUCCGAAUCACUGUGUUCUUCUACUUCACCAGCGGAAAAAGUGAAUAACGCUCAUAGCAAUCCAAAGUUACCAGAUAACACAUAUUCAAGUCAAGGUAACCAUUACUUGACAACUAUGUCUCCCAUGGAAGCUAUAUCAUCGUCUGAAGAGCAACCGACAUUUGGAGACCGCGUUCUCGAACAGCUGCCACCGUCGUUACAUUUGCAACAAGUGGCACACGAGGAGAUCCCUCAAUACACUGCUUCAACUUUGAACCGGUAUAAACAAGACGAUGGUGAUCCCGCAAGUAUCCCUGAUUUGGCAUUGGUAUCUAAUGGAAGCAAUGGCAUGCGCCAUGUUGACAUUCUGGACCUGCAAAAGAUUGGCAGUAGUAGUAGCGACGGCGAAGGAGAAAGCGUAGAUUUACAAGCAGUUAUGGCUCGUCACGAGAUUCAUGCAGCUGAUAACGAGGAGAUUACGACAACCUCCGCCGCACUGAUUGAAGAGCGUGACCCUUCAGUCCAAUGUCGCGAAUGGGUAUCAACAAGCAAUCAAGGACUGCCACUGCCACCACCAAAGAAGUACCCAACAGAUUCAGCAAUCGAUAGUUCUUCCUCCUACUUCUCGCUCUUGGCUGGUGCCAGCGACAAUAGUAGUACUGCCGACAAUACAACAGCAGCGGUCCACCAAAGAAGUGGAUAUUGCUUCCUUUGCCAAAAGCAAUACGGAAGACAUCGCGACUUUCUUCGUCAUCAACUUGCAAAGCAUUCCGGGAAAAAGCUUAUAUGCAAGUUUUGUCAUAAAGAAAUGGCAUAUCGCAAGGAUUCUUUGAAACGUCAUCUGGAAAAAGCUUGCAAGGGAGAUCCACUACCAUAA